CUCAUAAAGGAGGAGCAAGACGACAGGAUCUGAAGCCGAAAGAGCUAUUUUUUCUUCACUGUUCAGUUUUAUGGUGGAUAGUACUAUCGCAGGAGUAGUGCGCAAUUACGCAUUAUAUAUAUAAAAAACAGAGAGAGAGAGAGUUAUUUUGAAUACCGCAGUGUGUUGUUAAUGAAAGCAGCGUAAAAUUGCUAUUUGUUUGAUCGUGAAUUUUGUCGUGUGUAUGUGUGUGAAGAAUGACGGCUGAAGUGCCGCAGCCCUCCGUGCAGACCCCUGCCCACAGCAGCCCCAUUUCGGAGAAACCGCACGGACAGACGCCUGUGAUGGAGACCUCUUCCUCAUCCAUCACCAAAACCAAAAAGACGAACGCUGGAAUCCGUCGCCCUGAAAAACCUCCGUACUCUUACAUCGCGCUUAUCGUCAUGGCCAUCCAGAGCGCACCAACCAAACGACUCACUCUGAGCGAAAUCUACCAGUUCCUUCAGAGUCGCUUCCCGUUUUUCCGAGGCUCGUAUCAAGGCUGGAAAAACUCGGUGCGUCACAAUUUGUCUCUGAACGAGUGCUUUAUUAAGCUGCCCAAGGGUUUGGGGAGACCCGGAAAGGGUCAUUACUGGACCAUCGACCCGGCCAGUGAGUUCAUGUUUGAAGAAGGAUCAUUCCGCAGGAGGCCGCGGGGAUUCAGGCGCAAAUGUCAAGCGCUAAAACCCUCAAUGUACAGCAUGAUGAACGGGCUGGGAUUCAAUCACAUACCCGAGUCAUAUAACUUUCAGGGGGCCGGUGGAGGCCUGUCUUGUCCUCCAAACAGUUUAUCUUUGGAGAGCGGGAUUGGGAUGAUGAAUGGACAUUUGGCCAGCAAUAUGGAAGGAAUGGGCUUGGCAGGACACUCCAUGUCACAUAUAUCAGCGAGCAGUGGACAUUCCUACAUGGGGAGUUGCACAGGAUCCUCGGGGAGCGAGUACCCCCACCACGACAAUUGCGCAUCGCCGCUUCUCACCAGCGGAGGAGUUAUGGAGCCCCAUCCCGUAUACUCAAGCACGGCUUCGGCCUGGCCUCCAGCGCCUUCCGUUUCUCUCAACAACGGGGCGUCUUACAUUAAACAGCAGCCGCUUUCUCCGUGCAACCCCGGUGCCAACUCACUGCAGCCUAGUUUACCCACACACUCUCUGGAACAGUCCUACCUGCAGCAGAACGGUCAUGGCACCACCGACCUUCAAGGUAUUUCCCGCUAUCAUCCCCAGUCUCCCAGCAUGUGUGACAGGAAAGAGUUUGUCUUCUCUUUUAACGCCAUGGCCUCUUCAGCGAUGCAUUCACCAGGGAGCAGCUCAUACUACCACCACCAGCAGGUCUCCUAUCAGGAUAUCAAACCCUGUGUUAUGUGACAGUAUUAUAACAAACUCUUUGCUGUUCGAACGACGUGCACCUGAAAGCAGACGUGCAGGCUGAAUGCCCAAAUGAAGAGUGGAGUGGUGAAAUGGAAUGGUCUAUGAGAGGACUUCUUUGGAAAGGGACAUGGCAUCAAGCAUUGCCGUAAAUUACUAAACAGAAUUUGAUAAUGGAACCAAAGUAUUAGAAAAUGUCAAACUCAAUACAGGAGCAUUCCAGAAAGGCCAGUUAUGUACUUACAGAGAGGUAAAAAUGGAAAAACAGCUUCAGUUCAAAUCUCUGCAAAUCUUUAGGCCGUGAAAAAAUAAAUAAAUAAAAUAAAAAUAAUAAUAAAUAGAUUUCAGAGCACCUAAUUUCUUACCUCUCGACACUAACUGCUGGCGGAUGACUACCAUUUUGAGUGAAAACUCUCUUUUUUAUUAUUAUUAUUAUUUACUUUUUCGUUUGUAUGAACAUUUGAACAAAAAACAGUUUUAUUUCGGGUUGAGUUGGUGAAUACUUACAGGAAAUGAAGGCACUUUUAAACCAUGAAGCGCAACUUAUUUAUUCUGAUUUUCUUUUUUUAGGCUACAGUUAUAGCCACAGUAUUGACUGCUUUAUUGGCAAUAUUUGCCCAAUGUAUCAUGAAGGUUAAAUAUAAGCACUGUUUGUUAUUUUCAUUGUGUUUAUUUCGUUGUACAUACCCAUAUUGACACGUCUUAUUCCCCAAGCACUGUAUAAACUGUACAUGGUGUAGGAAAUAUAUUUAGUAGAUUUCUUUCCAAUGGCAUUACAUUUUAGUUAUGUAACACAGGUUCUAAGAAAAUUAAAAAGUAAAUAACAAAUGGAGUUUGUAAUAACUGUUGAAAACAUGACUUUUCAAAACAAGAUUUUUUUUUUUUAUCUUAAGACAGCUUACAUUGUAUAGCAUUAGUCAUUUCUGUGUCAUUCAUCAAUUCAUCAACUAAGUGUAAUAAUAUAAUUCAUUUUUAAACACGAAUCAUCGGAAUUCAGAUUAAAACAUAGGUCUACAAAAAAACGCAAAAUAAUGAUUAUAUCAGUCAUACUAUGAUAAUAUCAUGGGACAAAAACAAGUAUUAUUUAUUAUUGUUAUUCAUUUAUUAUUAUGUUUAUCAUGUUUAUUAUGUUUGUAAUUAUUAUAAUUAUUAUAUUUUGAUUUAUUUAUUUAUUUUUCAUUUUUAUUAUCGUGGUUGUUGCUCAAUAUUAUUCACCACGAUUAUUUCAUUCUUGAAGAAGUGUCCGCACACAACAGACACUCCAUUUAAGAAAACAAGCGGAUCAGGAGAAAUUAAAAUGUUUAUUACUGCUCCUUUAAAACUAAAACUUUAUAAGAACGUUUAUUCAAUUUUCUUUUAAUAUAAUCUUUAAUAUAUGGGGGUUUGAGACUGAUUCAGAUUAAUUCUUCGUGGAGGAACAAAUGCUUAUUUGUUUAAAGAGAACUGAACCCCAAUGCAAAAUACUCAUUCAUUCGUCAAAAGAACCACAAUGAUCAAAAGGUUAAAAGAAAGUUACGAACAUUUUAGCAUUUUGAAAUAGAACUGCAAUAAUGUAAUAAGACUAAUAUGACGGCACGCACAAAUAAUAGCCUAAUAUUGACAUCCUCUAAUCAAAUUUGAAUGUGAAAUUGCAUUUCCAAGGAAGCGUGUAAAGAGUGCACUGUUACGAUUCUAAGUGACCUAUUAAAUUUGAGACCUAUUUUACAAUAUUUAUUUACUCAUUUAUUAACAUAAGACAUUGCGGUUAAUGCAUUCUAGCUUAAAAGUUUUGGUUUUAUAAAAACAACAAAUAAAAAUAACGAUUAAACUGAGAUUUUUGAACCAUUGGCGUGUCCAGGCCCAUGUGGGGCACAGAUUCAUUCAAGGGUGGCAUAAAGAGUAAUUCAUCAUCCAUAAUAAUAAUAAUAAUAAAAUGUUAUUUAGUUAAAUUAUUUAUUAAUUCUUAUUAAAAGUGAAUAGCCUACUGUAAACACAGAAUACUCGAAGUAGCAUUUAUUUUUACAUUUUGUAUUUUUUCAGUAUAUUUUUUAUGUAGUGUCUCUUGAAACUGCAUAAAUGUUAUGGACACUGCUACUAUAGUGACUGUUUCUUUAACAGCGAAUCACGUUCAGUUUUAAGGAGUUUUCUAGAGAUUAAGCUACUAUACUUACAUUAAGGUAUACAUACCACGCAGAAAGGAAUAGUUCACAAAAGUGAAAAUUCUCUCAUCAUUCACGCACCCUUAUGCCAUCCCAGAUAUGUAUUGCAUUAUUUCUUCUGGAGAACACAGAUAUAUUUUUUUAGAAGAAUAUCUCUUGUCUGCAGGUCCAUUAUUAAGACCUUAUUCAGGCUAACGCCAUCUUUGAUUUUGAAUGGGAAUGACAACAAGUCUGUGAGGGAUAGACUCACCAUCUCUUCAAUGACACAAAUGGUAUAAAUCUGUAUAAAGCGCCUUGAUCAUAUCUGAUUUUCCACAACUCAUGCUGUCUGGAGUUCUUUGUCUACUGAAUGUUCUUGGACAGAUAUUUUAUCAAUGUUUUGUCCACAGAACAAUCCAAAAAGCCUUUAAACUGCAGUACAGCCCAUUGAAGAGACUGUAAGUGUAUCCCUCACAGCUUUAUUGUCAUGAUGGCACUAGCUUGAAUAAGGUAUAUACAAUGCAAGUGAAUGGGGGCUAGAAGUUUGAAUCUCCAAAAAUCACACAAGUCAGCGUAAAAGUAAACCAUAAAACUCCAGUGGUUAAAUCCAUGAGGUAAAUAUAUGUUUCAUAAAUAAACAAAAGCAAUGAAACUUCUGGAUUCCAAAAUAUUUAUAAAAUUAUAGUAGCAUCAAAAAGAGUUCAAAGUUCGUGAACAUGUUGAAACGUAGGCCUACAUAUUUAAUGUACAUAUUCUUUAUUAUACAAGUUGCCUGCAUCACAGGCAGAAAAUAAAUGAGGAUAGGCCUAUUACCGUAUGGAGUCGCUUAAAUAAUUGAGUCGUUUUAAUAACACAAAAUAGGUGUCGUUUUACAAUGACUUUAGGAUUCAUAUUGGCAAUAUAUCCAACACUAACCAGGUGCUUUUUUUUUAAUUUGCUGACAAAUUAGAAGUGUUCCGUUUCUAUACCUUAAUUUGAUAGGCUAUGUGAGUGCAAUAAUAUGUAUUAUACCCAUGAACUUUCCGUGUAUGUGCACAGUAAAUCAUGAUGAUUUAUUGUGCACAUACAUGGAAAGUUCACCCCUAAAUUUAUAUAUUAUAUGUUAGAUAAUACAAAUAUUCCUGCAUAGUCUAUUGACCUAUAUAGUAGACCUUAUUAUUUUUAGCUAAUUCUUUUCUUAUUUACAGUGCAUCCAGAAAGUAUUCACAGAAUUAUUCCAAAAUUGAUUAAAUUCAUCAUUUUCCUCUAAAUUCUUUAAAAAUUAAAAACGAAAAAAAAUAAAGCCUUUGCUGUGAAUACUUAUGUACAUGUGAUUUUUUUCGUUUUUUAUUUUUAAUAAAUUUGCAAAGAUUUCAAACAAAUUUCUCUCACAUUGUCAAUAUGGGGUAUUGUUUGUAAUUUUGGAAUAAGGCUGUAACAUAACAAAAUGUGGAAAAAGUGAAGACUUGUGAAUACUUUCCGGAUGCGCUGUAAAUAUAAAUAAAAUAAACAAAAAAAAACAAAACCAUGGUCACACCAUAUACUUCAAAAGGUGUAAGAAUCUCAACUUAAACUGUAUUAAAUGUAUGAAGUGAAAUUUUGCAAUUGUCCAAUAGGUGUCUGCAUAAGUCUAUGUCCUAACGACACUCAAGCGCUCAACGAUUACUCAAGACAGAGCAAGUAUAUCUCCGACGAGUUUCAAGAAGUCUACUUAAAUUAUGAUUCUUUUGGGAAACAGCUCAUAAUUCUAAGAUGAUUUGUACGAAAGUCCGAGCUCUUGGGGGGGUCCCCUUUCACCAACUUGCAUUAUAAUAAUACAUUAUAUUACAAUUAUAUAUUAUAAAUAAUGGUACAUGCUAUUUACACCCAUGUGCAAAUAGUGGCAGAUAUUAUUUGUGUAACAGGAGCCAGCUGGUAUGUGAUAGAUGUGUGCAGUGUGUGUAAACCUCACUUCCCUGGCCUCAAGAGGUGCACUAGUGACUGACGCUAGAGGAUAUAGCAUUAAGCCUCCUAGUUAGAGUGCUCACCUCCCAUGCAGGCCAAUGUCGGUUCAAAUCCUACUCGAAAUGGGUCGAGCAGGAUCGGCAGCAUUUGCACUCCAACCUGGUGCAAAUAAUAAGACUGAAAACAAGGAUUCCAACCGCAGUAACUGACAACAGUACACAUUCACACUGUCUUUACACCCCACAAAACUGCAGUGACAUCUGUGUAUUAUGCCAUAUAUUCCUGUGGUUUCAUCAGACUAUUGGGGUGCAAAUAGCUGCACUGUGUGGCUGAUACUAAUUACACAUAGACACUCCAUUAAUGAAUUCACUAUGAAAUCAAUAGGCAGUGUAAUACGUGUAAUACAUUAUAUAAACUUUAUAUUAGCCUUCUUUGAUAAGCAUAAUUGCAAUGGCAAAAAAAAAGAUAUAUUCUUAUUAAACAGAUUAUUUAAGAAGACAUAUAUGAGUAAUUAACCAUGGAGUUUUAAACUUAAAUAGGCCAAAAUAAAUAGUUUAAAUAUGUUAACAAAGGAGGUUGGAGUGAGAGUGUGCAAUGAGAGAUUCCCUCUCUCUCUUCCUCCAAUAGCUGGUUCAAAUAGGCUCGUCUAUAUUCUUUAUUGCAGGCUGGCUGCAAAAUGGCAGUAAGGCUUAAAGUGUCGCAGUAGGUUAAAUCUGUCCACUGCCUUGAAGUAUAACCAGAUAAUCUGUUAAUAUUUAGGCAGGUCUAUUAGUAGUUCGGUAAUUCUAAUUCUGUUCUGUGUGCAUUUGUUCAGUUUCUGGUCAACGUAACAAAACCUUAGGCUAUGUGAGAGCCCCUUAUGAUUCACAUUGUAUACAUUCACGUUACAUGCAUUUAUUGCCUCACUUUCAUUCAUCUCUAUGAUUUAGCAUCAAUACAUCUGAAACUCAGUCUUAUUAAAGCCAUCAUUAUUUCUUUAUUAUUAUUUAUUCACGCUGGUUUGCACCUACUCCGCACAGUGUUAAAUCAACCCAACAACUUGGUUUACAGAAAACAACCCAUUGCCUAUCCUAGCACUGGGCCAUUCUGUCAACCCAAAUGUUGGGUUAAUAGAAACCAGUGUUGGGUUACACUAACCCAGCAAAUGAGUUAUUCGUUCAACUCAAAUGCUGUUUCUCUUUUACAGGAAUGCUGGGUUAAAUGUAUCUUAUAAGUGGGUUAACAAUUUCAGGUUG